AGUCAUUUGGGCACAGGCGGUUCUGGCUUGAGAUGCGCUGGCAGGCGGCCCAGGUGUGCGCGCGCCUUGCCGGCCUAUCGCUCCUCGCGCGAGUGGGCCCAGGAUGCGCACGGCCCACGAGGCCGGCGUGACAGGCGCAGGCCCAGGAGGCGUCGGCGGCGUCGUGGGCACUCCCUCCGUGCGGGCUGCCUGGCGACGUUCUGUGGCCAUCGGCGUCGGCCUCAAUGCCGCGAUCUACGUCUACAUCCUGGUGGUUAAGCCCUGGCUCGAAGCGACUGCUCUGCGCUGCCCGCGCCAGCAUCUGGUUGGGCUAUCAGACUGGGUGAUGGUCGCGCUCCUCGCGGCCAUCUCGUGCGGGAUCGCGGGACAUGCGAGCCGAUGCUGGCGCCUGCAACUCUUGAUUCGUGGCUUGACUGCUGUCGCGGUCCUCCUGUCCGUGGCGAGGGUGGCCAUGGUGAUGGCCUUCCAAGGGUCUUGUGCAAUCCCUGAGAUGGCGUGGUGCUGCAUUUUCAUCCCCAUCGGCAUGCACAUGCAUCUGGUGGCCCACGAGGUGACCGAGACGGAAGAAGACGAUCCGGAGGUGGCCAAAUUGGCGGUGGCCAAGGUCUUGGGUGGUCUCACCGCCUCCACGUGGUCGGAUGAAGGCGCGGACGGCAACUUCGAGUCUGGGAAUCCCGUUGCUUGCUCAAUAUGCUUGUGCGACUUGGAGUCUGGAGACAGCGUCAAAACCACUUCGUGUAACCAUUCAUUCCAUGAGGGAUGUUUGCAGAGUUGGCUGCUCUCUUCAAUGUGCAGGUGGAAAGUACAGUCCUGUGCUGUGUGCCGACGAGAUCUGCGCUGCAUUAGUUGACCUGCGGACUCUGAGCGACCUUCAUUCGGCGAUGUCAGCUAAGCCCCUGUUGCCAUCUUGCCAGCUUGCACGAUUGAGCUUGAGAGUCCGAGUAUGUAUUCUGCUUUCCGGACGGCAAUGGCGCGUCGGACGGGUAGUUAGUGUCGUUUGACCCGCUGGGGAGGAAGCGAGGGAUUGGAAGGGAAGAGGGGGUGGGGGCGAUCAGCCAUUUGAUGCGCUGGCUAGGCAGGUCUCGAUGGCGCUGUCUGGGAAUGUCGGUCUGGGUGGACAGGUGUCUUCAUGGUCGCCCCAGGCAGGCUGUGAUGUUUUCGACACUGAUGGCUGGAUCGGCGGACUCUUGCAUUCCUUUGCGAGGAUCCUCACUGCUCCUCGACGAUGCCAGUUUGAAGGUAUUUUGUGCCCGCUCGGACACAUGGAUUUAACGCGACAGAAAAGACAGGAUCGGUUAAACGAUGCCCAGUUUGCCUCCUCCUGCUGCUCCUCGAGCCGACGGUCGGGGAGCGCGUUGUCGGCGCGCGCCCCGCGGGCUCGGAGGAGCAAUGCUUUGUGGUGCAGAGUGCCGCGAGGGUCGCUCCUAGCCGCAGGGGAA